AUGCUCGUGCUGGGCCCGGCCUCUCCCUCCUCAACUUAGGGCGGCGGCGGGCCCGCGCCCCCGGCUCCCGGGCCAUGGCGCUGAGGGAGCUCAAAGUGUGUCUGCUGGGGGAUACAGGUGUAGGGAAAUCGAGUAUCGUGUGGCGUUUCGUGGAAGACAGUUUUGAUCCAAACAUCAACCCAACCAUAGGGGCAUCUUUUAUGACCAAGACUGUCCAGUACCAAAAUGAGCUACAUAAAUUCCUAAUCUGGGAUACAGCUGGACAAGAACGAUUCCGUGCCCUGGCGCCCAUGUACUACCGGGGCUCGGCGGCCGCUAUCAUCGUGUACGACAUCACGAAGGAGGAGACAUUUUCAACAUUAAAGAACUGGGUAAAAGAGCUUCGCCAGCAUGGCCCCCCCGACAUAGUCGUUGCCAUCGCGGGGAAUAAGUGUGACCUCAUCGAUGUCAGAGAAGUCAUGGAGAGAGAUGCUAAGGACUACGCUGAUUCCAUCCACGCAAUUUUUGUAGAGACCAGCGCAAAAAACGCGAUAAACAUAAAUGAACUCUUUAUAGAAAUCAGCCGGAGAAUCCCCUCCACUGACACCAACCCGCCGUCUGGCGGCAAGGGCUUCAAGCUCCGCAGACAGCCGUCAGAGCCCAGGCGAAGCUGCUGUUGACCGUGCCGUGGCCUCCAGCCCCAAUGGCGAAGUAGGUGGUCCUGAGGGUUACCAGGAGGGCUGGGGGCCCGGCCACCAGGUUUCGGCUAGCCGGUCUUGGGUCUUCUCUCGUGCAAAAGGGAUUCGCAGACAUUGACCAGUUCCAUUUCCUCUUUGAAGACUGCAGCAGUGAUACUUCAGUCUGUGGACUGGUAUCAUGUACAGACUCUCUGGUGUACAAAGGGACUACAUCAUUGGCUUUUGACCUUGCUGAAAAGGAAUGCAGGAUUGUAUGACUGGUAGGAUUAAAUUGUUGAGGAGUUUUGUAAUCAAGAUUUUACGUAACAUUUGUAAAGGGAAAAUUAGCACUUUCGUGGUUCUUGAGGGAAAAAAAGACCUUGUGGAGAGAGAUCAUUUCCUUGGUUCCCAUCACCACUGUUACUAGGAAUCUUGUCAUUUAAAAUAUGGUAGGCCCUCACAAGCAGGGGAAUGGCGAUCACUAUUUAAAGUUAAAGUGGGUUAUUUAUAGGCCUGAUGGAAAUGACUUCAUCCCACCAUCUCUAAAGCACUCUCCAUUGAAUGCGUCAUCCUGGAGCGCACUCGGUGAGUUAGCAGCAGCAGCAGUGGCAGCAAAGCACAGUGUCCCCAGUGCUGCAACCCGACCCUGCCACACAGGUGCCCCCACGCAUGCUGUUGGCACCUUUCAGAUACACUCUUAUGACCACGGUGGUGGCAGAGAAGCUGCCUAGACUAAACUGGAUUGCAUAUGUUUAAAUGGAUCUGCAAUGGCUUUAGAAAGAAGUGAGAGAAAGUAAAAGAAGCGCUGUAAAUGCUGUCAAUUUUUUAUUUAAUCCAAAUAUUUUGGUGGGGAAAACAGUUAUCUGUUGCUUAGCAUAUGUAAAGUUGUAGUCUGUAUUUAUGAGACCACUGCUUAAAGAUUAUAAAUUAUGUAAAUAUAUGAAUAAAUUCUGUCUCAUGCAACCCUCCAUUUAAUCACCCACGCAGUCUGGAGGCCGGGGGAGUGUUCACGGCACGCUGACGCGGGGCUGGCCGCAGGCACCAGAGCACUGAGCUCACAGUCUUAAAAGAUUUCUCUGCCUGCCUUCUGCCUGUCCUCCCUCCAGAUCCCAUAUGGAAACCAUAAUAAAGACAUGUGCCACUUUGAGAGCCUGGCUAGCCCUUCCUCGCCUCAGGGUGAGCGCUUCAGCUCCACUCAAAUCAUUUACCUGCUCUGGGUGAUAAGUUGCUUUUAGCUAUUAGGGCAACCUCCGACCAACUGUUCUUCGAGAGCUUUCCUUGUUAGCAAUUUAGCUUAUCUCUCCCUCCCUUUAUUUUCCUCUGCCUCUGUUAGUGGAUAACACUCUUUUCCCUCAGGGAGCCUAAUGAGGUUUUUAAUAUAAUCUAAAAAUAAAGCACUGAAGUGAAGUUGGUGAAAAUUUGUUCCUGGUCUAAUUUGGCACCCUUCCAACCUGAGUAUUGUAAGGGAAGGAAAUUUACAAGAUUAAAUAGGAAAUGAAAUGGCUUGAAUUUCAAACUAAGUGGUAUUUUCAGAGCUAUCCUUAAAUCCAGCAGUGGAAACUUUUAAAAAUAAUUGUUGCUUCUUUAUGCCCCCCACUUGAUAUGGAUGGAUUUUAAUGGGAAGAUUAUAACUCAGAUUAAGUAGAAAGUGAUUCCCUUUUCCCUGGCAUCUGUCUUAAGCCUUUAAAAUUGCUUAUCCUCUUGCUGGAGUCGCCGCUGCAGCUAGUAAAAGUUCUGCCUGGCUCUGCCCCAGCGUAUGUGUGCACUCCAACCCCAGCUUCCUCUUCCUCCCCACUGCCGCUUCCCGUUUCCAGGAAAACGGGCGCUCCCAGGGGCAGGGCUCUUCCCACAGAAAGAUGUUUGAUUUUAUUUCACACACAGCCAGAGCCAUCAGGGCAUCUGGCCACUGCCUUGUGUGUCCCGAGAUUGCCACUCCCAGGCCUCUGUCUCCACGACGACAAAAUAAAAACAGAGGUUGCUUGACUUACUACCCAAGAGGCACUGGAAGCAUUUGUGACCCUGGCUGUCUUAUCUCACCCAAAAGAAGAUGCCAAUAGGUGACCUUCACUUUUCUUCCACCACCCAUCAGUCAGUGUGAUGCCUCAAGGCCUCGGGACUCAGGGGGACGGUGGGUGCGCCACUCACCUCCAGGCCGCCCCAGUGCGUGUUGUCAAGAGCACGUGCUGCGGGGUCAGCCCCAUCUGGGCUCCGCUGCCCUCCGCAGCCGCUUCUCUGGGUGACUUCUUACUCCCUCCACCAGCAGAGGCCAGUUAGAGCCUCCAGCUUUAUUCACAGGACCAGUGGCAUAGGGCUCGUGCAGCACCACCGCACUCGGUGUGUUUCUGGGGUCUGUCUUGAGAAUGCCCACAGCUGCCCCUCUUGUGUCUGCUGCUGGCCAGCACGCCGUGUCUCUGCCCGUCAUCCAGACUCGGCCAAAGUGGAGAAAAAGGCUUUUCACUGAUGUUGUCUGUGCCUGAAAUGCAAAGAGGAAUAGUAAAGUCAGGAGCAGUGUUUUGUUUUGAAUCCAUUUGGGUCGUUAGCCUGCCGAGCAGGGACCUCACACACGGCUGUUUCUCACCGUGAGGGGAGGGUAGAUCUCAAGGGAGCUGAGUGGUAGCCCACUGUGAGAUCUCUGGUCCCUCAGGAUGUAGGGCUGUCUGAAAAUGAGGCUGGACUGACAAGAGGGAGACACUUCACUGGCUCCUCGCAGAGGCCGGAGUGGCUCUUUGCAGGUGUCAGCCCAGUGACCAUGGCUCCAGAACUCUCCUUUCUCACAAGUGUUUUUCUGAUUCUGUGAGAACUAAUUAACUAUCAUUUGGUGAUUAAAAGAACAUAAAGUAAGAGUAUGAUUAAGUGCCCUUCAUUGGAAGCUCUUUAAGAAGGGCUGGGGGGAGCCCUUGAGAGCCCGCUGGCCGCGGGCACACCCCCGUUCCCCGCUGCUCCACCAUGGCAGCCAGGACAGUCCUUUCGCACAGCCCCAAAGUGUCCGCCUCCCAGAGUGCCUCCCUGUCCUCUUGGUGGGCUGGAUCCUUCAUGAGGGUCUCAGUUUUCAUUACUUUGGAAUAUGCAAAGGGAAAGAAGGGCACAUUUAAUUUCAGGACUUUUCUCGAAGUCUUGGAUGUAUUUCUUUUCUGUCCUCAAGAAAACAGGCCCAGGAGGCCUUCUGAAUCAGACUCUGGGAGACACAGUGGUGGCGGUGUCCCCAGAGCUGCCCACCCCGAAUGUCUGUGUGGAGUGGUGUCGUGUCCAGACUGGCAGGCCUGGUGCCAAUCGCAUUGCGUUGGCUGGCGCGCCAGCCCCGGGGCUUGCAAAUCACUAGCUCCCGGCCUCGACGCAGCUCACAUGUCCCUAGAGUGAGGUACAGAACGGAUUCUGUCGAUUCCUUAUAGCAUUUUUUCACUCAUUUUUCAGAACACACUGAGAACACAGUUCAUGGCCCCUCAGUCUGUAAGGGUCAUGCACAGGUCCCCUGCACCCUCAGCUCUCUCUGCAAGCGCCCGUGGAAGUAAUGAGCAUCCUUCCUUCGGGGGAAGAGCUCCUGCAUAUCGUUGCUCUGGUCUGUGCUGGGUACCUGCUUUAGGAUAUUUGGGGAGAAAGGGUAGCCCACCAACUCAGCCAGCUCUCACCUAAACUCACGAAGCUGUGAAUACUCCUCCUAACUCUGUAGUGAGCGUUGCAGGACAGCGCUGGGCUGGACAGUGUGACCCUGUAAAAAGUCCUGAUUUUAAGUUGUUUAAAGGGACUGGCAGCAAUGCUACUGCUGACUGGCUUCAGGAAAGAGUCUGCCUCCUUUAAUGGUUAGUAUUUUUUUAAAGGAAGAAAUGAAAUCACCUCCAAGGGCAAAGCAGCAGUCUGUGCCUGCCGGCAGGCAGCUUACUCCACCAAAAAAUUUAAAGGUGAUUCAAGGUGAUGUUUAGGAGAUUUGCUUUAACUCUUUGGGACUAUGAUUAAAAAUCGUCCAGGUGACAGAUUUAUACCAGAGAUAAACAUGAUACUGUAUAGUUUUAGAAAAGGAAGGUGGGGGUGGAACCGAGGGCUGAAAGAAACCACCGCUGCCCAUUUCUCUUGACAGCAGAGUUUCUUGUCUUGACUUCCGGUAAUGGAAAUCCAGGCAAUGUGAUUAUCCAGUUUGCAAGAAACAUGAAUGGAAUUCUGGGGGCAUUUGUCCUGUUUUAUGUGCAAAUGAAAAUCUAAAAAACAUUAGAAGGGUGUUAUUACAUUUUUUAGGAGCCCCCACUUUUUCCAUCUAAGGGAAAGGUAAGUGAGAGACCUUUCGGGAUGAAGUUUCAUUAGACAUAAUGAAGAAAGUGAAUAAAUAGAACCAAGGCUCCCCAGAUUUCUCGGUUUGUCCUUUAGGGUUCUCUCAGCAUAUAAGAAAAUUAUUUACUUUGCAGACCUGGAAGGACUCAGUGGCAUAAAUCAGCUUUAAUUUGAUGAUCUGAACCAUCAGGAGUGACUGACAUCGGCGUUCUUUCCUUCUGGAGUGGCAUCCGUUCUAGAUACGCUAGAAUAUUUUAGACUUUAAAACAAAAGGGUUCAGAAGCUUGAUGAAAAGAAAACCCUUAAACCUUCCAUCUUUUCCUCUCUUUACAUCGAGCACUUCAGACGUAAGAUGAGGCUGUGCCAUCAGCAGAUUCUGCGGUUAAAACCAUGGAGUCUUAACAAGUUUCGCAAAAAUUGCUUACUUUAUUGCCAGUUCAUUUUCAGAUCUGCGUGGUGCCCAGUGCCUCAUCAAAGUGCUUUAUAACUGAAACCAACAAAACUCUGGGUAGCUUUCCACGAACAGAAAUUCAAGUGCCAAGAAUUCGGCCAACUAAUGGGAAGUCCUAAGACAGUAAUGAUUUUCAUAAAGAGCCUCCUUUAAUUAGCAGUUUUAAACGGUAGACCUUAACGUUCUCCUUAAUCAGGCAGCAGAAACAAAACAUGCCACUUUUGAUGCCAUUCCUUGAUUCGGGAACUGUAGUGUCUGGGGACGCAGACUGUCACGCAGCACUUCAGAGUCGUCUCUAAAGGGCCACGAUCUUUACUCAGAACUGAGAUAGAGGGUCCAGGAAGCACCCACAGCAUCUUUCGUCCACUUGUGGACGGCUGAGGGGGUGGACAGCACACAGCAGUGCUGACCUCCCUCUGGAACUUGACCCUACAAUCACUUCUCCAUUCAUUUUUUCCAUUAAAUUUAUACUUGAUCACUUUUACCCCUGGAAAAUUUCUGAAGGCAGACCCUGAAUUUGUGACCCUCCGCUCACUUUGCAAACGAGGUGAUUACAGAGUUUAUGAAACUUCCCCUUCGUAUGGGCAGGGCACACACUGUCAGAGUGACUAGUCGAUCACACCCGGGGAAAAUUAUCGCAGCCCACUGGACGGAGCGACUGAUUGCUGGCUCAAUUGUCAAACCAUUUGUUGUAUUGUGCAGACAGAGCUUUACUGCCCUGGAAAAGAUUUUUCUUCCUUUCAUCCAGCUCACUCUUUCCAUCAUUUCACUUUAUGAGUCACUCACAUAAUUGGCCAUCAUGCCUUGGGCCUUCUUAAGAACUGAUGUCUCUGAUCGGAGCAGGCCUCUUGCCUUAUUUCUCUUCUCAUUUUGUGUGUAUGUGGGGGAGGGGGGCUCUCCCUUAAAGACACACGGUCCCAGCCACCUCCUCAGUGCACAUCCCACUGCCUCCCACGCUGCCUUAAGUGACCGUAGGGUAGGGCUUUGCCCCACGUUCGGCCGUGGGAGGUGGACAGAGCCCGCACCGUCAGACAACACAAGAGCUGACCUUAGUGUUUGCAGAGAAGAGGCAGCACUAGCUUUCAGAGGCUGCGUGACCGUGUGACAAAAUGUUCUUUUACCAUUGCUUAUGAGAUAGGCUAGGUGCCAGAACUUCACUUAGUUCAUAGUAGCGCAUUUGUUACAGUUUGUAAAAAUCCAAGUCCAGUUUUGAGGCGAAACAGCUACGGUGAACCUAGACAUUAAAAGAAAAACAGCUAAGCCUUCAUACCAGCAAUUCCGAUUUCUCCCAAGAACGCCAUGCCUUUUCAAGACCUGAUACAAGGAGUAAGAUACUUGUGCCUUUUUAUGGUAGCCUCCGUUAGGGAAAAAUGUCAAAGCAAGUUGCUCACACUUUAGGUUGCUUGGUAGCUCUGUAAACCCAGAUGUUUAGCCAUGGCUUUAGCGCAUGACCCACCACUGAUGACUUGUGAUGAGAUGUUGUGAUGAUGGUUGCUGAGCUCGUGUGACUGUUCGAAGACUUUUAUUUUUUCAGUCUUAACCUUGGGCUGGACCUGAGUCUCUAAACCUGUGAUGUCUGUGUUGUUUGUAGACAAAAGAAAAACUACAUCUUUUGAUUUUUCUUGUAAGAUUUUUUUUCUUUUUAUAUUUAGACUGGUAGUAGAUAGUUUGCAAGUGGUGGCUGAUUUGGCAGACUUUUAAACUUCGUUGUUUUAGUUUGAAUAUUCUAGGACAAACUUUCAUAGAGUAUAACUUGCUAAAUCACUACAAAAUUUGUUCUGUUGUAAAAGGGUGUAAACAUUUUGUUAAUAAAAUGCUCUGUCUACAAAUACAUGUAGUUGCCUUUUAAGCUAUUGUGAUAUUAUUCAUCAUGCAUUGUUCUUAACCAAAUAUUCUGAAGUCAUUCCAAAAUGAUUUUUGAAAACCAAAGAACCAGAACUGGAGAGAUACAUCUGGUGCGUAGCCUGGUAUUCAUAUUAGCCUUGAUCCAAGUCAUGUCGGUUGAUUCAGCCUCCUGGGCGUCCU